AAAGCCUUGUGACACUGCACCUCCUCCUCUAUUUAUACCACAUUUUGUCCACUCCCCUUCUCUUCAAACCUCUCCCUCUCUCUCUCCCUCACUCUCUGCAGUCCUCUGCAUCUUAUCAUCCGUUAAUUUCUCCACCGUGAGAGGAAUUAACAGAGAAACCCAGAAGUUGAAUUGAAUCAAAUCGAAUCGACAUGGGCAAAUCGUUAAUGGCACCCAACUCUUGUAGUUGGGCCAGAAGCAGUAGUCCUUUCUCUGCUUCUUCUUCUUCGUCUUAUCAUGUUGAUUUGGGGUACAGAAGCCAUACCCAUACAAAGAAAUGCAAAUCAAUACAGAGCGCCUUACAGCAAUCAGCUGCCUCUGUCCUUCAAUUCCCUAAACAGCGUGUGAUCACAAAGGAACCCACCCCCGCACCCGGCCCCAGCCCGGACCAUGAGAAGGCUACUUCAUCCCACGUCCUCCCUCGGUGGAACUUCCUCCAGAGGGCAGCCUCUGCUGCACUCCACACAGCCGAGAGCCUCCUCGUGUCGUACGAGCUCCGUCACCCACUCCCCAAGACUGCCGACCCUGGGGUCCAGACUUCCGGGAACUUCGCCCCAGUCCCGGAGCAGCCCGCCUGUCAGAACCUCCCUGUAACCGGGACGAUCCCGGAGUCUAUCAAUGGGGUCUACCUCAGGAAUGGGGCGAACCCGCUGUUCAAGCCGGUGGCGGGUCACCACUUGUUCGAUGGAGACGGAAUGGUCCAUGCGGUGAAGGUUUCGGACGGGGGCGCCAGCUACUCCUGCCGGUUCACUGAGACCCAUAGGCUGGUCCAGGAGCGGAAAUUGGGACGGCCUGUGUUCCCCAAGGUCAUUGGGGAGCUGCAUGGCCACUCGGGUAUUGCCCGAUUGCUCCUCUUCUACGCCCGGGGAUUCUUCGGGCUACUUGACCCGAAACACGGGAUCGGGGUGGCUAACGCCGGCCUUGUAUACUUCAGCAACAGGCUACUUGCCAUGUCCGAGGAUGAUCUCCCCUACCAAGUACGGGUUGGGCCCACUGGGGACCUUGAGACAGUAGGCCGGUUCGACUUUAAUGGGCAGCUUGGUAACAAUUCCACCAUGAUCGCCCACCCGAAGGUGGAUCCCGUCUCGAAGGAGCUGUUUGCUCUAAGCUAUGACGUCAUUCAGCGGCCCUACCUCAAGUACUUCCGAUUCUACCCCGAUGGGGUGAAAUCGCCAGACGUCGAAAUCCCACUGCCAGUCCCGACAAUGAUGCAUGAUUUUGCAAUCACGGAGAAUUUCGUGAUAAUCCCCGACCAGCAGGUCGUGUUCAAGCUCCAAGAAAUGAUCCGUGGCGGUUCACCCGUGAUUUACGACAAGGGGAAGAAGUCGCGGUUCGGGAUUCUACCCAAAGAUGCCAAAAGUGGUUCAGAAAUCAUGUGGGUCGAGUCCCCGGACACAUUCUGCUUCCACCUAUGGAACGCUUGGGAGGAGCCCGAGACGGAUGAGGUGGUCGUGAUCGGGUCGUGCAUGACCCCGCCCGACUCAAUCUUCAAUGAGUGUGACGAGAGUCUGAAGAGCGUCCUAUCAGAGAUCAGGCUGAAUCUACAGACAGGCAAAUCGACCCGCCGACCCAUCAUGGGCCCAUCUGAUCAGGUAAACCUGGAGGCAGGGAUGGUGAACCGGAACCUCCUGGGACGGAAGACACAGUUCGCCUACCUCGCGAUUGCGGAGCACUGGCCCAAGGUAUCAGGAUUCGCAAAGGUCGAUCUCGGAACCGGUGAAGUCAGGAAAUACUUCUACGGGGAUGGGAGAUUCGGAGGUGAGCCAUUCUUUCUUCCUAAUUCGUCCAGCAAUCACGAAGACAGCGGGCACAUACUCGCGUUCGUUCAUGACGAGAAGGCAUGGAGGUCGGAGCUCCAGAUCAUGAAUGCGUCCACCCUGGAGCUCGAGGCGUCAAUCAAGCUGCCCAGCCGGGUACCAUAUGGGUUCCACGGAACGUUUAUCGACUCCAGAGACUUGGCGAAUCAAGCAUAAGUACCAGUUCUUGUGAUUCGAGGUAAAUAUACCAUCGAGAGUUCGAACUGCAAGAGAGAAAUCAAAGAUUAUUAUUAUUAUUAUUAUUAUUAUUAUUAUUAUAAUUAGAGUAAAUUUAAGGUUAGAGGAGGGAGGCCUUGGCUUAUAUGAGAUGAAGACAGGAGACGAGGGAGGAUUUACCUGAGGGAUGGAGUUACAGACACACAGGUCCCCGGUAUCCUUCCACUGCUGCAGUGCUAUUAUGAAAACCUUAGAACAUGUUUUUGUUUUAUAUAUAUAUAUAUAUAUAUAUAAAUUAUAUUUUUUUAUAUAUAAUAUCUUAUAUAUAUGCAUGGCUUUAUGUAUUUUUUUUUUUGGUGGGGUUUUAUUUUGGGGGGAGUAUUUUCGGGAGCCAGGGUGUAGCUUUUAUUUGGGACAGGGAUAGGGUAGUUUUUUUUUGCUCAGCUGGUUCCCGUUUCUUCUCCUGUAUCCUGGAAUCAAUAUAAAUGAAUAAGUCCACUUUCUAGGUUACUGUUUCUCC